AUGUUAGUUUAUCUAUCUAUCCCAGUUAUUUUAUAUCGCUCUGUUAUUUUAUCUAUCUAUCUAUCUAUCUAUCUAUCUCAUUUAUUUUAUAACGAUCUUCUAUCUAUCUAUCUAUCUAUCUAUCUAUCUAUCUAUCUAUCUCAUUUAUUUUAUAUCGCUCUGUUAUUUUAUCUAUCUCAUUUAUUUCAUAUCAUUCUGUUAGUUUAUCUAUCGCAUUUAUUUUAUAUCGCUCUGUUAGUUUAUCUAUCUAUCCCAUUUAUUUUACAUCGCUCUGUUAGUCUAUCUAUCUAUCUAUCUAUCUAUCUGUCUGUCGCCAUUUAUCGAUCUAUCGCAGUCUAUUCUAAUCUAUCUAUCAAUCUCGUACUGGUAAAAGUUGCUGUCUGCAUCAAGCAGGCACCUGUUGAACUUCGCAGAGUCCUCUCCCUUCUUUCUGGCCAAACUAUGAUCUUUUCCCAAACAAGAGAUGGAAGACCCGCUGUUGCCACAUUUGAAAGCAUCAAAUCUUGGCACUUGAUCAAAGACGAUGAAAGUAUCAUCGCGUUCACGAUAAGAUUGGGGCUGUUUGUUUAG